CACAUACACGCCCGUUGCCACCAUGUCUGACGGAGGCCUGAAGGUGGAGCAACCCAUGGAGAGUAUGGAGGCUUUGUCAAGAGAGGCGGAGGAGCUGAAAGUCAAACUGGACGAGGAGCGACAGAAACUAAAUGAUGUUCCACUGACAACGGUGGCGGCGCGGCUGGAGGCCCUGCCGCCGCUCAACAUCAAGCCGCGGCGGGUGCUGCGGGGCCACCAGGGGAAGGUGCUUUGUUCGGACUGGUGCAACGACAAGCGCCACCUCGUCUCCUCCUCGCAGGACGGGAAGAUGAUCAUCUGGGACGCCUUCACUACCAACAAGGAACACGCAGUCACCAUGCCCACCACCUGGGUCAUGGCCUGCGCCUACUCCCCAACGGGCUCCAUGGUGGCUUGUGGGGGCCUCGACAACAAGGUGACCGUGUACCCGCUGAGCUUCGACGAGGACGUGACGCUGAAGAAGAAGGCUGUCGGCACACACACCUCCUACAUGUCCUGCUGCACCUUCCCCUACUCGGACCAACAGAUCCUGACGGGCUCCGGGGACUCCACCUGCGCGCUGUGGGACGUUGAGUCUGGGAUGAUGCUGCAGAGUUUUCAGGGCCACCAGGGCGACGUGAUGGCUCUCGACCUGGCACCCUCAGAAACUGGAAAUACCUUCGUGUCCGGGGGCUGCGACAAGCUGGCCCUCGUCUGGGAUAUGCGGACCGGUCAGUGCGUCCAGAGCUUCGAGGGUCACGAGUCCGAUAUCAACUCCGUCAAAUUCUAUCCCUCGGGCGACUCCAUAGCCACGGGUUCGGACGAUGCGACGUGUCGCCUCUUCGACUUGCGGGCUGACCGUGAGAUCGCCACCUAUACCAAGGAGAGCAUCAUCUUCGGGGUCAAUUCCGUCGACUUCUCUGUCAGUGGUCGCUUGUUGUUUGCGGGCUACAACGACUACACAGUCAACGUGUGGGAUACCCUCAAGUGCAACCGCCUUUCCAUCCUCUACGGCCACGAGAACAGAGUCUCCUGUCUCAAGACCUCGCCGGAUGGCACCUCCAUAUCCACGGGCUCGUGGGACUUUACUCUCAGGGUGUGGGCCUGAAGUGACAUAAAGGGCGGCAGCGCGGCCUUAUCUGGGGCAGGCAGCGCUAGGACGACGGUGGACAGACUCCUUUCGCAGGCACGAUAUUUUAUAGUGAACUGCGAGGCAGUAUCUCCCUUGAAGUGUUUCCAGUUACUUAACUUGUCGGUCAGACAUUUUAUAUUUAGUGUCUUUUUCCUCUGGUAGGAUGACCACAUAAGGACUUCCAGUAGUCUGCGUCCCUGUCCCACACACCUUCCUCAGACUCAUUGAGAGAUUGUCGUAGGGAUAAUUCAGUACAUGGCUCAGUCAGUUGGACCCUGACUGGUAAGUAGCUCCCAUUUACUGUAAAUCCCCGUACAGGGUAGGACACAAGUUAUUUAACGAUAAUCAUUCUGAGAAAACUAUUAGGUAAAUCCCUGACUAGCAAUGUUGCGAGUGGACAGUCUCUCGCCGUACUGAAAACACUGCCACAGUGCGUAACAUGUCCAUGUUAUAUUUGGCCCGUUAAGGGCUAGCAGUCAUGACCUCAAAAUAUAAUAAAAAACACCUCAACAA